AUGCCCCGAGCUCUCACUCUACAGAAGAUUGAAGGCGCAAAGCCUGGAAAGGUUUACUAUCCACUUCAGAUAAAUGAAGUACCUAAGCCAACACCCGGCCCAAAGGAGGUUCUAGUCAACCUCUCAGCGGCGGCGCUUAACCACCGUGAUCUCUUCAUGCGCCGCCAUCUCUACCCAGCCAUUUCCUUCACCAAUCCAAUUCUAGCAGAUGGAUAUGGUACUGUCGUUGCCCUCGGAUCCAACGUCACCCGUAAAGAUCUUCUCAACAAGCCCGUCAUUCUUACCCCAAUGCGCGGCUGGGAGUCAGAUCCUGCUGCCCCAGAGGAUAGCCGCAAGUUUGCGGUCACUGGUGGUUCCAAGCUCACCGAAGUCGGUACCGCCCAAGACUACAUCGUGGUAUCAGAGGAAGAAGUCGAGCCCGCCCCUGAGCAUCUCACACCUGCUGAAGGCGCAGCUCUACCUCUUGUCGGUCUCACAGGCUGGCGCGCAUUAGUCACCAAGAGCAAUGCCGCCUUCCCUGGCGCAAAUGUACUUCUCACAGGCAUUGGCGGCGGUGUUGCGCUGCAAGUGCUUCAGUUUGCCGUAGCAAAGGGUUGCAACGUAUUCGUCACGUCCGGUGACGAAGCAAAGAUCGCAAAGGCCAAAGAGAUGGGCGCAAAGGGUGGAGUCGUAUACAAGAACGAGGUGUGGGAUAAGGAGCUUCGAGCACAGCUGCCAGCUGACCGGCCAUAUAUCGAUGCUGUCAUUGAUGGCGCAGGCGGCGGAAUCGUGAGCAAGACUGUGCGAUUGCUCAAGGCUGGUGGUGUAAUCGUUCAAUAUGGUAUGACUGUUUCUCCAAAGAUGGACUGGCUCAUGUCUGCGAAUCUGCAGAACAUCGAGCUGAAAGGAUCAACAAUGGGAUCUCGGAAGGAGUUUCGGGAUAUGGUCGCAUUUGUAAACGAGAAGAAGAUCCGGCCCAUUGUGAGCAGAACGAUUAAGGGGCUGGACAACAUCCAGGGAAUUGAUGAACUGUUCCAAGAUAUGGACAAGGGUAAGCAAUUCGGAAAGCUGGUGAUUGAGUGGGAUUCGGCAAACGGCGCAUCUUCAAAGCUGUAG